GCCCUAAUUCAAAUCAUUCUUUUUUUUUUUUUUAUUUUCUAUUCAAUGACAACAGUAUAUGUGUGCUGCUUAAAAAAACAUACAGCAAAUAACUAAUAAACGAAUGUCAGUAAUGAAGGGGAAAUUUGCAUUCAAGCCCAAUUGCAGAGCACUAAAAAUGAACCCAAUUGGCUAAAUAUAAACAGUGCGAGCAAAGUCCGGCUCAUGCAUGUAACUGAUCGUUAGAUGCGCAAGUAAAUGACAUCUCCAUCCAUGUGUCAUGUUUCCAUACAUUGUAAAAGUUGCCAAUGCAAAAUAUCUCAACUGCUGUAUGUAUGUAAAGAACGAGAGCAUACACAGAAAGCACAAUCGCCAUCAUGAAUUAGUAAUAAGUGCUCUGCAGAGAUUAGCUUUCCCGCCCCACAGUUCAUUUUCUUGUCUUUGAACCCACCCAGGUUUCCAUUCAAGGUGGCCAUUGGUGGGACCUGCACCAGCGGCUGUGUGUGUGAUCAGCAUGCUCCUAGCGUGCCUGCUGUCUCCUGCAUCGUGCACAACCUGCCCUCAAAAAUGCCGCUGUGAGGACCUGCAGUUCUACUGCGACACCCAGGGGCUUACGGCACCCCCAGAUGGUGUGGACAAGGGAGCCCUGGGGUUGUCACUACGCCACAAUAGCAUCACUGAGCUCAGCCCUGAUCAAUUCUAUGGCUUCAGCCAGCUCACCUGGCUACAUCUCGACCACAACCAGAUUACCACAGUACAAGAGGAUGCCUUUCAAGGGCUCUAUAAACUGAAGGACCUCAAUCUGAGCUCCAAUCGUAUCACCAAGUUGCCCAACACAACCUUCAUCCACCUCAUCAACCUCCAGAUACUGGACCUGUCCUUCAAUCAGAUGACUGCAUUGGAACCAGAACUGUUUCACGGAUUGAGGAAGCUCCAGAUACUCCACCUCCGCUCCAACUUACUUCGUACCACACCUGUUCGGGCAUUCUGGGACUGCCGCAGCCUGGAAUAUCUGGGCCUAAGCAGCAACCGUCUGCGGAGCCUGGCCCGAAAUGGAUUUGCUGGGCUCAUCAAGCUUAAAGAGCUCCACUUGGAACACAAUCAGCUGACCAAGAUUAACUUGGCCCAUUUCCCUCGUCUUGUUGCCCUCCAGUUUCUAUAUCUGCAAUGGAAUAAGAUCAGCAACCUAACAUGUGGCAUGGAAUGGACCUGGACCACUUUAGAGAAGCUGGACCUCACAGGAAAUGAAAUUCGUGUCCUGACACCUGAUGUAUUUCAAACGCUGCCAAAUUUAAAAAUUUUGCUGCUGGAUAACAACAAACUAAGCAGUCUGGAUCCUCAAGUCAUGGAUAUGUGGCAGUCUUUGGGUACUAUCGGGCUGUCUAGCAACCUUUGGGAAUGUACCAAAAGGAUUUGCUCUCUGGCCACUUGGCUAAGCACCUUUAAGGGAAGGUGGGAACAUUCCAUUCUCUGCCAUAGUCCUGAAUAUGCCCAAGGUGAGGAGAUACUUGAUGCUGUUUAUGGAUUCCAGCUUUGCCAGAAUUUUUCAGCGCCGGUUGUUCAGACCAUUAGUACAACCACAGACGCUACUACAGCUGCAGAGAUGACAAGCUCCUUGUUUGGAAUUAUGCAGCCGACCCCCACACAGGACUAUGCAGCUGUAACGGAUGACUUCUCAGCUAUGGACAACACUGUUAUGACUCAUAGGGUUAUCAUUGGAACUAUGGCCCUUCUAUUUUCAUUCUUUUUCAUCAUUUUCGUUGUGUAUAUUUCACGGAAGUGCUGCCCUCCCACCCUGCGCCGGAUACGCCACUGUUCGGCGAUUCAAAACCGCAGACAGAUGAGGACCCAGCAGCGGCAGCCUAUGGCAGACCUAGCUACACAGGUACCCUAUAAUGAGUAUGAGCCCAGUCAUGAGGAAGGGGCACUCGUGAUCAUCAACGGCUAUGGGCAGUGCAAGUGUCAGCAGCUGCCUUACAAAGAGUGUGAAGUAUGA